AUGUUCGCCUGCACCUUCAAAUGGCUGCCAAAUGCCUAUUACUUGUCUAAUCUGACCGUCUUGGCUGUGGGCAUCUGGGCAAUUGUCCAGCGGGACUCUGUGGACGCCAUUUUUAUGUUUCUGGUUGGUCUGAUCACUACAGUGGUAUUGGACAUUCUACUCCUCGCCCUGUACUUCGCUGCCUUCGAACAAGCAACCGAGAAGGAGGUCACCAGGGACUUGUUCCGAUUUAGCGGUGGAAUGGCCAUAUUAAGCCUAAUAUUGAAACCAUUGUCAUGUUUCUUCACAUAUCACAUGUAUGUGGAGCGUGGAGGGGAGUGCAGCAUCAGCUUAGGAUUCAUCACUGGGUCACGAGAUCGAAGUACAUACCAGACAGUCGAUCACACAGAUGGAUCUGCUGACCAAGACAACAAGAUGCCCUCCCGGUACUGA